AUUACCACAGUUUUCCACCAUGGAAUCAGAGCUUCAUUUCGUUUUGAUUCCUUUAAUGUCCCCCGGCCACCUUUUACCGAUGGUCGACAUGGCUCGCCUCUUAGCCACUCACGGCAUCACCGUUUCGAUCGUCACCACACCUCUCAACACCACCCGAUUCGUCACCGUCAUCGACCGCGCCGUUGCUUCCGGCCUCCACAUCCGCCUCCUCCACCUCCAGUUCCCGACGACCGAGUUCGGGUUACCGGAAGGAUGCGAAAACAUGGACCAGCUCCCUUCCCGCGACUUGAUCAAGAACUACUUCAUGGCGGCUGCCGAGUUACAAGAACGAUUCGAGGAGCUUUUCAAGGAGUUAAAACCCAAACCCAGUUGCAUCGUCUCUGGUAAGAAUCUUCCAUGGACGGUUCAAACAGCUCAAAAAUUCAACAUUCCAAGAAUUUUCUUUGAUGGAAUGGGUUGUUUUUCAUUCACCUGUACUCAUAAUAUCGAGCUUUCGAAGACCCGUGAAUCCGUUUCCAAAUUUGAUUCCUUCGUAAUCCCCGGUUUGCCUCACGAAAUCAAAUUGAAAAAAGCUCAGUUACCUGAAAAUUUAAACAAAGACUCGAACGAUUUGAAGAACGUGCGAGAUAACAUGCGAGCGACGGAGCAUAUUAGCGAUGGAAUCGUCGUUAAUACUUUCGAAGAACUCGAAACCGAAUACGUAAAAAAGUAUAAAAAGGUUAAAGGCGACGACAAAGUGUAUUGUAUCGGUCCGCUUUCAGCCAUCAACAAGCUGAGCUCCGACAAAGCAGAGAGAGGUUCAAAACGGUGUUGUUUAGAUGUGAAACUGAAGCCAUGGCUUGACUCGAGGGAGCCUGGCUCAGUGAUUUACGCUUGCCUCGGAAGCAUAUCGGGUCUCACAAAAUGGCAGCUUGUGGAGCUUGGAUUAGGCUUGGAAUCAUCAAAGAAGCCAUUCAUUUGGGUCAUAAGAGAAAACCCAAAAUCAAACGAAUUGGAAAAUUGGAUUUCAGAAGAAAAAUUUGAGGAUCGUCUUAAAGAUCGAGGGCUUAUAAUCCGUGGUUGGUCGCCGCAGUUAUGGAUCUUAUCACAUGUCGCCAUUGGAGCAUUUUUAACGCAUUGCGGAUGGAAUUCGACGACGGAAGCCGUCUCUGCUGGCGUGCCGAUCAUCGCUUGCCCGUUGUUCGCCGAGCAGUUUAUCAACGAGAGGCUCGUCGUCGACGUGCUCGGGAUCGGCGUUAGCAUCGGUGUCGAAGAGGCAGUGACGUGGGGAUUGGAGGAGGAGUUCGGGUUGGUGAUGAAACGCGAACGAGUGAAAAUGGCUUGUGAGGAAGUAAUGGAGGAAAGUGAUGCUGGUGAAGAGAGGAGGAGAAGGGCUAAAAGGCUUGGGGAGAUUGCUAUUAAGUCUAUUGAAGAAGGUGGAUCUUCUCAUCGGGACAUGGAACUGUUGAUUCAAUUUGUGCUUCGACGAACUAAAGAGGUUACUCAAAUUACCUCUUAAUUUUUCAUCAAAAUGUAAG